ACCGGACUCUCAACUCUAGUGAUCAUACUCACCCCGUCCCAUAUGCUUCUUCUGCUCACCUCCAUGGCAUCUAUUGUUAUGAGACCCUCUGGAAUGAAGACGCCUCCGGCUUUGCCGCCGGAGUCCGGCAAGCCUGGUGCUGGCGCUGGAAAGGAAAUCCCUCAAGCUAACAACGCCUUGUUUCCCGCGUCCGCCCGAGGCCGGUUUUCAAGCGGGCUCGUUCAGAGUGUUUCUGCGCCUACAACUCCGCCAGCGCCGGGGAAAGACGCCGAAAGAAAAUGUUCGGCAUGGGAAAGUAUAAGGCAGGAGAGAUGGGAAGGUGAACUGGAAGUGCAAGGCGAGAUCCCGCGAUGGCUGAAUGGCACGUACCUGAGGAAUGGCCCCGGCCUAUGGAAUAUCGGCGACUACAAUUUCCGGCACCUCUUUGAUGGUUAUGCCACCAUCGUCCGGCUCCACUUCGAGGACGGACGACUAAUCGCCGGCCACCGCCAGAUCAACUCUGAAGCGUACAAGGCAGCAAAGAAGAACCAGAAGCUCUGCUACCGUGAGUUCUCGGAGGUGCCCAAGCAAGACAACUUCCUCUCAUACGUCGGCGAUUUGGCAAGCCUUUUCUCCGGCGCAUCGCUGACCGAUAACUCGAACACCGGCGUGGUGAAGCUCGGCGAUGGACGAGUAAUAUGCCUAACCGAGACGAUGAAAGGGAGCAUCGAGAUAGAUCCAGUUACUCUGGAAACCAAGGGAAGGUUCGUCUACACGGACAACCUGGGGUACUUGAUCCACUCGGCGCACCCAGUGGUGACUGAUAAUGAGUUCUUGACGCUAUUGCCAGACCUGCUGAACCCUGGGUACUUGGUGGUGAGGAUGGAGCCGGGGAGCAAUGAAAGGAAGGUGGUGGGGAGGGUCGCAUGCAAAGGGAGGCCGUCCCCUGGGUGGGUACAUUCCUUUCCUGUGACGGAGAACUAUGUGGUGGUGCCGGAGAUGCCGCUCAGGUACUCUACCCGGAACCUGCUAAGGGCUGAGCCGACAACACUCUACACAUUUGAGUGGCAUCCGGAGUCCAAGGCCUUCAUGCAUGUCAUGUCUAGGGCCACCGGCAAAGUGGUGGCAAGCGUAGAAAUGCCAUUGUAUGUAACCUUUCAUUUCAUCAAUGCAUAUGAAGAAACUGACAAGGAGGGCAGGGUCACACACGUCAUUGCUGAUUGCUGCGAGCACGGGGCUGAUACCUCCAUACUGGACGGCCUUAGAUUGCAGACCCUGAGACAAUCUCAUGGCUUGGAUGUGCUACCCAAUGCUAGAGUUGGUCGUUUCACAAUUCCCUUGGAUGGGAGCCUCAUCGGGAAGCUAGAGGACGCACUAGACCCCAAUGAACAUGGAAGAGCAAUGGACAUGUGCAGUUUCAAUACUGCGUAUUUGGGGAAGAAAUACAGAUAUGCCUACUCCUGUGGUGGCCACCGACCUUGUUACUUCCCAAAUACACUCACAAAACUUGAUUUUGAGAGCAAGAAAGCCAUCAGUUGGCAUGAGGAAGGAGGCAUUCCAUCUGAGCCCUUCUUCGUGGCUAGACCAGGUGCUACCCAAGAAGACGAUGGAGUGGUCAUUUCCAUGGUCAGUGCAGGAGAUGGUGGUGGAUAUGCACUGUUACUUGAUGGCACCACCUUCCAAGAGAUAGCAAGGGCAAGGUUUCCAUAUGGUCUUCCUUAUGGCCUUCAUGGGUGUUGGAUACCAAAAACAUGAAGAGAACCUGCAUCCACCAACCGUGCCUGAAGAGCUUUAUCAUGGCCAACUAUAUCACUUGGGUGUCAUCUGAAAAUUAUAGCUGUGUACCCCGUAUCGUAUGUUGAUAGGUGAAUAAAUAAAGUUUCUACUAA